AGCUGGUUGGUGCACACAGCAGUAUCGUCGUUACCGAGGACAAAGUCCGAAAGUGGUAAUUUCACAAAAUGGUUGAAUCGACCGGUACAACCUACACGGCAGUCAUUGCAAAGGCGUUGGUGGCUGUGUUAAAGGUGGAUGAGGAACGAGCGAGAAAGAAUGUGAGGGCGGUAACGGAUCCGUUCGUGGGGCAUCAGUUUGUUGUCAACCUCCGUGCUCUACAAUAUUCCAACCUCGACGACGCUUCUGCACGGCUACAAGGAGUCAGCUGGUCAGAAGCAACAGCAGGACGGAUAGCAACUGCCGAGAUCAACGGCCCCUGCCUCCGUCUCUCCGUUCACAAAGCGCGAUGGGUCCGUGACAAUUUCGCCAAAUGGACCGCACAGACGACAUCGCCCUCCAAGACCGACAUCGACACUCACGGAGAGCUGCCGAAACUACGAGUAGUAAUCGACUCCCUUGCGGCAGGAUUUGGUAUCAGACACGUGGAAGCAAUUGGGAUUGCCGGUUUCAUUGCGGCGACAUAUGACGGGCCCGUGGAGAUUUACGAGUUCGUGGAUGAGGAGAGUAAAGCAUACGCCUCCCUUCGAAGAACAGUUUACGCGAACCCCCAGGAGUCGCUACAAAAAGCCUGGCUAACCUCAAAACACUCCCCACUCCCACCAUCCCCACCAACCGCUGCCGAGUUUACACACAACCAUGACGAGCAAUCAUUCCAGCAAACUCUGUUCCGGGAAGUUAUCUACCCACACCUCGAGCGCAGCUCAACCCCACGCACCAGCACCCCAGAUAUCUUACGCUCAAAAGACUUCCCCUCCAUCGACCCCGCGACGAAUGAGGACGUCGUCUGGCUAACCACCCGUCCCCUCCUAAGCUCAAUCCAACUCUCCACACCCAAACCCGACGCCCACACAAUCCCCGACCUCACCUCCCUCCUCCAAUCCGAACUCCUUCCCACAAUCACCGACCGCGAACUCUUCGAUGAGAACGCGGCAAAGGGGUUGAGUUUGGAGUUAGCGAGGACGUGUCUCCUGACCUCGGCACUAGCACACUCGACCGCGAAACCAAUGGUGGAUCCGGGAGCGGUGGGGUUGACGUUGCAAUACACCCACGCACGGCUCUCAUUCACCUCCGAUCCCUCUUCCUCUUCCGCCGAGGGGUUGUGCUUCGGGAGAACAGCGGAGACAUUCACCCCCCUCGCUUCCCUCCUCUCCCUCCUCUCCUCAACCCUCCCCUCGGCCCCUUUGGAAUCAAACCCCAAGGCGUUCAUCGACGCAUUAUUAAGAGUGGCGAAGGAGUUGAGUUCAGUGAUUUCGAAAACGCGGGUUAGGGGCGUCACGGAUGAGGGGUUGAGAGAGGAGAGGAGAAGGGGGUUGGAGGUUGGUAGGAGGGUUGUUGGGUGGGGUUUAGUGGCCGUUGGGGCACGAGGGGUUGAGAGGAUGUAGGAGUUGU